CCUUUUAGAUCGAAGCGGCCCUGAUCUGAUCAGCAACAUACUUGCCCUAUUGCACAUAUGCCAGGGCGGACGAAAAGGGCAUCGCCACUAAAGGCGCCAGAUCGUCCCUAUCUUGCACUCGGACUGGAAGGAUCAGCGAACAAGCUAGGCGCUGGGAUAAUCAAGCACGCUGAAGAUGGGUCGACUACAGUUUUGUCGAACAUUCGACAUACAUACAUUACGCCUCCGGGGGAAGGAUUCCAGCCUCGGGAUACUGCCCUUCAUCAUCGGGAAUGGGCUCUCAAAGUCAUUGAUGACUGUUUGAAGCAGGCUAAUGUAUCAAUGCAAGAUAUGGACUGCAUAUGCUUUACCAAAGGACCAGGAAUGGGGGCACCAUUGCAGUCAGUAGCUCUGAUUGCGCGGACACUUUCUCUUCUCUACGACAAGCCACUUGUUGGCGUGAAUCAUUGUGUCGGCCAUAUCGAGAUGGGGCGUGAAAUCACCGGCGCUCAAAACCCCGUUGUCUUGUACGUUUCCGGAGGAAAUACACAAGUAAUUGCAUAUUCUCGUCAAUGCUACCGCAUCUUUGGAGAAACGCUCGAUAUCGCUGUCGGAAACUGUCUUGACCGGUUCGCACGAGUGAUCAAUUUGAGCAACGACCCGAGUCCCGGAUAUAACAUCGAACAAGAGGCAAAGAAGGGGAAACGACUUUUGCCGAUACCAUAUGCCACCAAAGGAAUGGAUAUUAGUCUUUCGGGAAUCUUGACUUCCAUUGAAGCUUAUACCUUUGACAAGCGAUAUCGACCCGAGGGAGCGGCGGGCGACUCGGAAGAUGACAUUAUUACCCCUUCAGACCUGUGUUUCUCCUUGCAGGAGACUGUUUUCGCGAUGCUAGUGGAGAUUACUGAACGUGCCAUGGCACACAUCGGCAGUAAAGAGGUCCUCAUUGUCGGUGGUGUCGGAUGCAAUGAAAGACUCCAAGAGAUGAUGGGAAUAAUGGCCGCCGAACGCCACGGGCAAGUUUUUGCCACUGACGAGAGAUUCUGCAUAGACAACGGAAUUAUGAUUGCUCAAGCGGGCCUUCUCGGCUUUAGGAUGGGCUAUAGCACACCUUUGACUAAGAGCACCUGUACCCAGAGAUUCCGUACUGACCAGGUACACGUUGCUUGGAGAGCGUAGCUGUCUUUGCCAGUUGUGAAGUUUUCAGGGUAUUGUAAUAUAUGUAUAGUAUAUGUAUGUGCAUCGAUAACAAGUCAGAGG